AAAAGACUCGCUAUUCCGUCAUGCUCUAGGACGUUUGGCGGCGGCGGCGGCUUAGCCGGAAGUUCCUUUCAGGGUGUGAGAGAGUCCAGGCACACACAUAUAACAGCGAAGAUUUCAAUAUGAAGCUGUACUGUUUAUCAGGACACCCAACUCUACCAUGCAAUGUGCUCAAAUUCAAGUCUACGACCAUCAUGUUAGAUUGUGGCCUGGAUAUGACUUCGACACUCAAUUUUCUUCCCUUACCAUUGGUUCAGAGUCCUAGGCUGUCUAAUCUUCCUGGCUGGGCUUUAAAGGAUGGAAAUACUUUCUUGGACAAGGAACUAAAGGAAUGCUCUGGUCAUGUAUUUGUAGAUUCUGUGCCUGAGUUCUGUUUACCAGAGACCGAGCUAAUAGAUCUGUCUACAGUAGAUGUGAUCCUCAUUUCAAACUAUCACUGCAUGAUGGCGUUACCUUACAUCACUGAGCACACCGGUUUUACUGGGACAGUGUAUGCUACAGAACCUACCGUGCAAAUUGGCAGGCUUCUUAUGGAAGAAUUGGUGAAUUUCAUUGAACGGGUGCCAAAGGCUCAGUCUGCCUCCUUGUGGAAGAAUAAGGAAGUGCAGAGACUGUUGCCUGCUCCCCUCAAGGAUGCAGUGGAAGUUUCAACUUGGAGAAGGUGCUAUACGAUGCAAGAAGUGAACUCUGCUCUCAGUAAAAUCCAGCUUGUAGGCUAUUCUCAGAAAAUUGAGCUUUUUGGUGCAGUACAGGUGACUCCACUUAGCUCUGGCUAUGCACUUGGAAGUUCCAACUGGAUUAUUCAGUCACAUUAUGAGAAGGUGUCCUAUGUCUCGGGCUCUUCCUUGCUUACUACACACCCCCAGCCCAUGGACCAAGCCUCUCUCAAAAAUAGUGAUGUCCUCAUUCUGACAGGCCUCACCCAGAUUCCAACAGCAAAUCCUGAUGGCAUGGUAGGAGAAUUUUGCAGCAAUUUGGCUCUGACAGUGAGGAAUGGUGGCAAUGUAUUGGUCCCCUGCUACCCAUCUGGAGUGAUCUAUGACCUCUUGGAAUGCCUCUAUCAGUACAUCGACUCAGCUGGCCUCUCCAACAUCCCCUUCUACUUUAUCUCUCCUGUUGCCAACAGCUCUCUUGAAUUUGCCCAGAUUUUUGCUGAAUGGCUUUGUCACAACAAACAGACCAAGGUGUAUCUCCCAGAACCCCCUUUUCCUCAUGCAGAGCUCAUUCAGACCAACAAACUGAAGCACUAUCCCAGCAUUCAUGGAGACUUCAGCAAUGAUUUUAAACAGCCAUGUGUAGUUUUCACUGGUCAUCCCUCUCUUCGAUUUGGAGAUGUUGUACAUUUCAUGGAACUCUGGGGAAAAUCUAGUCUCAAUACUGUUAUAUUCACAGAACCUGACUUCUCCUACCUAGAUGCACUGGCUCCUUACCAGCCUUUGGCCAUGAAAUGUAUCUACUGUCCUAUUGAUACAAGGCUCAAUUUUAUUCAGGUGUCAAAGCUGCUCAAGGAAGUACAGCCCCUCCACGUGGUGUGUCCUGAGCAAUAUACCCAGCCUCCCCCCGCCCAGUCCCAUCGGAUGGACCUGAUGAUCGAUUGCCAGCCCCCUGCAAUGUCGUAUCGUCGUGCAGAGGUGCUCGCCCUGCCCUUUAAACGCCGCUAUGAGAAGAUUGAAAUCAUGCCCGAGCUUGCAGAUUCAUUGGUGCCCCUGGAGAUUAAGCCUGGCAUUUCCUUAGCAACUGUUUCCGCUGUGCUGCACACCAAAGAUAACAAGCACGUUCUUCAGGCUCCUCCUAGGCCCGUCCAGCCCCCAGCCAGCAAGAAGAGGAAGCGAGUGAGUGAUGACAUCCCAGACUGUAAACUUCUGAAGCCCCUCCUAAGUGGCUCCAUCCCUGUGGACCAGUUUGUUCAGACUUUGGAGAAGCACGGCUUCAGUGAUGUGAAAGUGGAAGACACAGCCAAGGGACACAUCGUCCUCCUCCAGGAGGCCGAGACCCUUAUCCAGAUUGAAGAAGAUUCAACCCACAUCAUCUGUGACAACGAUGAGAUGCUCAGGGUUCGGCUUCGGGACCUCGUGCUCAAAUUCCUACAGAAAUUCUAAAUGAAGAGGGUUCUGCCUUGGCAAGCCAACAACAUGGCUUCCAACACAGGGAGAGCUGAGAAAGCAGGUGGUGGCCAGUCGUGGGGAAUCUCUGGUCCCAGGCCACUUUCUUGUUUAUGCCAUGUGGCCCAGAAAUCACAGGACAGCCUUCAGGUUAUCCUUCUCCUUGGUUUUUAAGGAGGUCCUCUUUUAUUCUCAGAUCUGGACUUGGCUUGAGUACUGAGGAAAAUGGAUGUUCCUGAGAGAAAUAGUCUGAGAUUAAUGCACAGAAAUAGAUCUCCCUGGAUUUCUACCACUGCCUCAGGGAGACACCUUUGGUUAAAUUCUAGACUUUUCUUUCCAGUUUGGGUCUCCAAGUAUUCCAAGUAUAAUGCAACAGGUUGUUCAUUGGUUGUAGUGACCAGUGGCAAAAAACGAUUCUUAAAGACUUUGCUGGUUUGGUGGAAGGUAAGGUGUCUAGACCGACUUUUGUUUGUUUUCAAGGUUUUGUUUGGCUGGGAAAGGGCAGCUAGUCUGUUUGGCAUUAUUUUCUUGCUUCCUUCAUUGCCUUCCUCAGAGAAAUGUGAAUCAAAAGACGGCUUUUCAAGAAAGUAGCAGAACGAACCACAUCAAUCUUUAUCUUAUUUUAAGAAACCUCCUUUUAAAUAAAAAGUAGUUAUUUUUACCAAAAUAAA